GGUCGUCGUUGCGACGCGUAGACGGGAGCCAUGCAGAAAACAUUAGACUCCGAAUCUGGUAAGGAAUCCGGAUCUGAUACUGAAAAUGAGAGCAAAAGCGAUAGCUCCUCUUCCGCCAGCAACAGCGGCUCAGGAUCUGGAUCUGAAAGCGACUCUAGCUCCUCGAGCGGUUCUGGUUCCGGAUCGGGCUCCGACUCGGAAAAGUCGGAGAAGUCGGAUGCACCUGCUGCACAAAGCGAUAGCUUCCAGAGCAAAGGCUCGAAUCACAGCACCGAAGCAAAGUUUAGAGUUAAACAUGAGUCUAGUCGCGAGUGGGACGAGAAUCCUGACAUAUACGGCAUUAGGAGGUCCGGGCGUUCCAGGAAGGAACCUGAUAGGCUCGCAACGAAUCGCGAGAGCGACAGUGAUAGUCGCAAAAAGUUUAAGAAGAAAAGUUCACACAAUUCGUGGAAUUCAGAAAGUUCAGAUUCGGAAUCUGACGAAACUGAGAUUCGUAGACCUCCACCUAGCAAAUCCUUGAACAGACGCGCGGCGCAAAAACUAAAAGAGAAAGCCAGAAUACGAAAGAAGCGUAUCUCUGAUUCUUCUGAAAAUUCUUCCUUUGACAGUGAUGAUAAUAGAAGGCAAAUUAAUAGACGGGCAGGCACGGCAGUUAGUUACAAAGAGGAAAGUGAAGAAGGUACUGAUAGCGAGGAUUUGGUUGAAGUUGACGAAUCGAACGCUGCGUCAACAGAGCCAGACAAUGCGGAAACUAUUGAACAAAUUUUGGGACAGAGGAUGGGCAAGAAAGGAGUUACCGGUAAUAUAACGACAAUCUACGCUGUUGAAGACAACGGCGAUCCUAAUCCAGAGGAUCUAAGUAACCUGGAAACUGAAGUACAAUACUGGAUCAAAUGGAAAGGCUGGUCUCACAUACAUAAUACAUGGGAAUCAGAGGAAUCUUUAAAAACACAAAAAGUAAAAGGAUUGAAAAAGUUAGACAAUUUUAUUAAACGUGAACGUGCAAUUGAAUAUACGAGAGAACACGCUGAACCAGAAGAGUUGGAUUAUUUGGAAUGUCAAUUGGAGCUUAAACAAGAUCUUCUGAAAAGUUACAACAAUGUCGAGAGGAUUAUUGCUGAUUAUAAGAAACCAGAUUCGGUAUAUCCCGAUUAUUUCUGUAAAUGGGAAAAUUUGUCAUACGCCGAGGCCACAUGGGAAGAUGGAAUUCUAAUAGUAAAAAAAUGGCCAGAGAAAAUAAAGGAAUUUUGUGACAGAGAGGAUUCCAAAAGAACACCGAGCAAACAUUGCAAAGUUCUCAAAUCUAGACCUAAGUUUUAUCAAUUGAAUGAACAACCUGCUUACAUGGGUAAGGAAAAAGAUUUAAUAUUGAGAGAUUAUCAAAUGGAUGGACUUAAUUGGUUGAUACAUUCUUGGUGCAAGGAAAAUAGUGUUAUAUUAGCCGAUGAAAUGGGUCUCGGCAAAACAAUCCAAACAAUAUGCUUCCUUUACUAUUUAUUUCACACACAACACCUUCACGGACCAUUUUUAUUAGUAGUUCCUCUGUCUACUAUGACUUCCUGGCAAAGAGAGAUGUCUCAAUGGGCACCUGAUCUAAAUUUCGUCACUUACUUGGGCGACAUCAAUUCUCGUAAUGUUAUUAGGGAAUACGAAUGGUGCUACCAGGAUUCAAAGAGACUAAAGUUCAACGUUAUUCUUACGACGUAUGAGAUAGUACUUAAAGAUAAAACAUUUUUAGGUGCCUUAAAUUGGGCGGUAUUGCUAGUAGACGAAGCUCAUCGAUUGAAGAAUGACGAUUCUUUAUUAUAUAAAGCACUUACCGAAUUUCACACCAAUCAUCGUUUAUUAAUUACUGGUACUCCGUUACAGAACAGCUUGAAGGAGCUGUGGGCCUUAUUACAUUUCAUUAUGCCUGCAAAAUUUGCUUCUUGGGAAGAGUUUGAAAAGCAACACGACAAUGCUGCACAGAAGGGAUACUCCAAGUUGCACAAGCAAUUAGAGCCAUUUAUUCUACGCCGAGUUAAGAAAGAUGUCGAGAAAUCUUUGCCUGCUAAAGUCGAGCAGAUCUUACGAGUAGAAAUGACGUCCGUGCAAAAACAAUAUUACAAGUGGAUAUUGACAAAAAAUUAUGAAGCAUUGCGAAAAGGCGUAAAAGGAUCUACUACGACAUUCUUGAACAUUGUUAUUGAAUUGAAAAAGUGCUGCAAUCACGCCUUUCUUACGAAACCGAUUGAGGCCGAAAGGGAAAAAACUAAUGAAGAUUAUUUGCAACAAUUAAUUCGUGGUUCUGGCAAAUUAGUGCUUCUAGAUAAAUUACUAGUGAGAUUGCGCGACACGGGACACAGAGUACUAAUAUUCAGUCAAAUGGUCAGAAUGUUGGAUAUUCUUGGCGAAUAUCUACAAAGGAGGCAUUUCCCAUUCCAAAGAUUAGAUGGAAGUAUAAAAGGGGAAUUACGAAAACAAGCGUUGGAUCAUUUCAAUGCUGAUGGAUCACAAGACUUUUGUUUUCUAUUAUCGACGCGAGCAGGUGGUCUCGGUAUUAAUCUUGCCACUGCGGACACUGUGAUAAUUUUUGAUUCUGAUUGGAAUCCGCAAAAUGAUUUGCAGGCACAAGCCAGAGCGCAUCGAAUAGGACAAAAGAAUAAGGUAAAUAUCUAUCGACUGGUUACUAAAAAGUCAGUCGAGGAAGAAAUCGUUGAACGCGCGAAGCAAAAAAUGGUCUUAGACCAUUUAGUAAUACAGCGAAUGGAUACAACCGGAAGGACAGUGUUAGAUAAAAAGAACGCGGGAACCAAUAGUAAUCCAUUUAAUAAAGAAGAUUUAAAUGCUAUUUUAAAAUUUGGCGCCGAAGAUCUGUUUAAAGAUGAAGAAGAUGGAGAUGAGGAACCAGCUUGUGAUAUCGACGAAAUAUUAAGAAGAGCUGAAACAAGGGACGAAGGACCGACAACAGUUGGCGAUGAAUUGUUGUCCGCCUUCAAAGUUGCCAGUUUUAAAACAGCAUUUGAAGAGGAUUUGGAACCUAUUAAUCAGCCAAAUGAUAACGAUGAUGAAAGUAAAGAUUGGGCUGAAAUCAUUCCGGAAAAUUUUCGAAGGAAGGUGGAGGAGGAGGAAAAAUCCAAAGAAAUGGAGGAUCUUUAUUUACCACCGAGAAGUCGUAAAACUCUUCAGCAGCUCAAUCAGAGCGAAGGGAAAAGCAAAAAGCGAAAAAGAGUACAAGAUGACAGUGAAGAUGGCGAAGAAUCGGGUAGCGAUGCGGAAGGAAGCGACGAUGAUAGACCUAAGAAAAGAGGUAGACCGAGAGUCACGCCGCGUGAGAAUAUCAAGAGCUUCACUGAUGUUGAGAUACGACGAUUCAUCAAGAGUUAUAAAAAGUUCCCAGCACCUUUAAAACGAUUGGAAGAUAUUGCAGCUGACGCUGACUUACAAGAGAAACCGAUGACGGAAUUGCGCUUCUUGGGCGAGCAAUUGAUGUCUAGAUGUGACGCAUGUUUGGUAGAAUUUGAGAAUACCGCGAAAGAGAAUAAAGGUGGUGAAGAAGAAGGCAAAGGACCGGGUCGUAAAAGGGGACGAGGACCUACUUUUAAGAUAGGCGGUGUAAUGGUGAACGCAAAGUCAUUCUCCGCCGCUGUCAAAGAACUCGAGCCUUUAGAACAAGCUUUGCCAUCUGAUCCUGAACAACGUGCUAAUUGGCAUCUCGACAUUAAAUUGAAACCAGCCAAUUUUGAAUGCGAAUGGACUUCCGAGGAUGAUGCUAGACUGUUAAAGGGUAUAUACCAGCAUGGCAUGGGCUCAUGGGAGGCGAUAAAAACAGAUACUAAUUUGAAACUCGGCGAUAAGAUUCUUCCUAAUGGCAAUAAAGUACAACUCAAACGUGUGAAUGCACGUGCAGAAUAUCUCUUGAAGAUUUUAAAGAAGCAAAUUGAUCUAAAGUUAGGAGUGACGCGAAUAAGAAAACCAAGGAAGCCCAAAGAGAUGAAAAUGGCAAUUACCAAAGAAAUUGUAGAAGAUAACGAUAGCUCUGGCGACGAAAAUAAAAAAUCAAAAUCCAAAAUUGACAAAUCUGCAGUUAAAAAAGAAGAUGAAAACAUUGCAAAAAAAGAUAUCAAAGAAGAAAUCGAUGAUGUACCUGAUGAAAAGAAAAAAGAUAAAAAAGUUAAGAAGGAGAAAAAAGAUAAUAAAAAAGUAAAAAAGAAUAAACAAGCUGCAGGUCCUAUGCAUUUUACUGCAAAUAAUGAACCGAGAGCUGUCGAAGUAAUCGGUGAAUUAGAUCCGCCAGUAUUUGAUGAGUGCAAAGAGAAGAUGAGACCAGUAAAGAAAGCAUUGAAGUCCUUAGACACACCAGAUAUGUCUCUGAGCGAGGAGGAGCGAGUUGCUCGCGCACGUCGAAGUCUUUACCAAAUUGGGAACCAUAUUGACACGUGUCUGGCGGAAUAUAAAAACCCUGAACAAAUCAAAGAAUGGAAAAGCAAUCUUUGGUACUUUGCUUCCAAGUUUACAACCUUUAAAGCGAAAAAGCUUUAUAAAAUGUAUAAGAAUCUAGCAAAAAAGAAAGAUAGCGACAAUGGUGGUGCCACAGCUAGUCCCGAUAAAAAAGAGGAUACUUCUAAUACUGCAAAGAAACACAAUGAAAAAUCGUCUCACGAUAGACAUUUUGACAAGCAACAACAGGGAGACAGCAGUAAUAAAGAUAGCAGAAUAAUGAAACGUAAAGCUGAUGAUAUCGAGGAAAACUCGAAUAGCAGUAUGCAAAGUAAGAAACAUCUCUCAAAUAUUUCCGCUGUCAGCAGCAAUAUCAGCAGUACGUCCGCAGUUACUAUUGGUGCUAUUACGAUUACGCCUAUAACGUCAACGCCAAAUUCCACAUCGAAUACUACUAACAGCGCAGACACAUCGCGACAUAAAGAGCAAAAAGAAUCGAAGCAUAAAGAUAUGAAAAGAGAUAGGGAUCGUGAUAGAGAUAGAGAUAGGGGACACGACAGAGAUAGAUUAAGUAUGAACAAGGAUGAUAGAAUUCGGAGAGACGGUGGGUACAAUAUGGGUCAUUAUAGUGGUAGCAGGGACGACGAUCAUUGGUUAUCCAGAGACGGGAGAGAUAUGAGAGACGGCAGGUACGGAUUCGGAGAUCAUAAACGCGAUCGCUUUGAUCUUUAUGGUCGAAUGUCCGGUGGUUAUCACAGAGAUAGAGAUCGAGAUCGAGAUCGUGGAAUGCAUAUGAACGACAAAAGAAAUGAUUAUUAUCGAUACUCAUCGGGACCACACAGUUACGGAUAUGGGCCAGGUGGCUAUGGAGGUAGCAGUGGUGGUUAUCCGCCCUCGGAUAUUGCAUCAAGUCAUUUUAGAAGUCGUGGUUACGCAGGAGAUGGUUACUCCAAUGAUUGGCGACCGAACAAAGAUUACAGGCGAGACUACGAUAGAAGACCACCGCCACCAAACGCCAACUCCUAGUGCUUCUUUCUUCCUCGGUUGUGACACGAUAUCGAAAUUAUUUUAUGUAUAAUUUUGUUUCGAGUGAGAGCGUUUGCAACACUGGCCCUCUUACGUCUCUACAUGGGAGAAGUACUGAAUACACGGUGCACGAUGUUCUGUGAGCAUGCACCACUUGUAUCUAUAUGUAUAAAAGAAUUAUUCCGACGUUUGUAGUAUAAUAAACGGAUAAUAUGAUUGUCGAAGAUGUGUCUAGGAUAUGCAUGAUACUCCCUAGAUUAGAAAAUUUUACAGAUGUGUAGAUUAUGGAAAGGAAAAACAUACCAGGGAGAUCGAAUUAUAUCCUUGGCGCAUAACGAGAAAUUUUUAUAUAUCAGAACGUAUAUCGGAAUUCGUUGAAGAAUAUGAAUAAAUAAUGUUUCCGCUUCUUUUUA